AUGGUCGCCCAACCUCCCUUAGAAAUGGGCCAACCCGUCCCGGAGACCGUGGUGCAGCAAUCCACACUUCAGCAAGCACAAGCUGCCACUGCCGCCCAGACCAAUCCCACAAGACCCACGACACACAAUGCCCUCCUGCAUCAGACCGACGUCACCGAUCAAGAGCUGGCCGAGGACGACGUGCCCCUUCCUGCUUACGGCAAGAUAUAUGGCGAGAUCCGCGACGAAAAGAAUGGCACGGGCACCAGUGCCUGUCUCACCGAUGAUGGCCGUGUCGACAUUCGCAUCAGUCACUUCAAUCGCCAUUUGUCCCAGAUAUUUUUUACUCCUGCUUUACGUCAACACGUCCAGGAUGUCCAAGAUAGUCACCCGCUCUCUCCAUACAUUCCCCCUUCCCUAGGAGGCGAGAAGGGAGUUCCUCCACCACCGCCCUUGAACAUCGUCAUUCAGGUCGUGGGCUCUCGCGGAGACGUGCAACCCUUCGUUGCCUUGGGGAAAGUCUUAAAAGACACCUACGGCCAUCGCGUACGUCUAGCGACUCAUCCCACCUUCAAGAACUUUGUUCAGGAGCAUGGCCUGGAAUUCUUUAGCAUUGGCGGCGACCCCACCCGGCUAAUGGCCUUUAUGGUCAAGAAUCCCGGCCUGAGGCCGGGCUUUCGCAGUGUAGUAAGCGGAGACGUCGGCCAGCGAAGAAAAGAUGUUGCCGAGUACAUUCAAGGCUGCUGGCGAUCAUGUUACAAAGUCGAUGACGGAGCCGACAAUGGCCGUUCCGAGCCCUCUGGGAACGACACUGGCUCUAAGCCUACAGCAGAACACUUUGUUGCCGACUGCAUCAUCGCCAAUCCCCCAAGUUUUGCCCAUAUCCAUUGCGCAGAGAAGCUAGGCAUCCCGCUCCAUAUCAUGUUCACUAUGCCGUAUUCUCCUACCCAGGCCUUUCCUCAUCCCCUGGUUAACAUUCAAUCCUCGAAUGCCGACCCUCAACUUACUAAUUACAUUAGCUACGCCAUGGUCGAACUCAUCUCGUGGCAGGCCCUAGGUGACAUUAUCAACCGAUUUCGCGUAAAAUGUCUUGGUUUGGACCCUCUAAGUAUGAUCUGGGCCCCCGGAAUGCUCCAGCGUCUCAAAAUCCCCCACACCUACUGCUGGUCUCCGGCUUUAAUACCCAAACCGAAAGACUGGGGCUCUCACAUAUCUAUCUCCGGGUUCUGCUUUCUCAACUUGGCCUCUAACUACACCCCUGCCCCUGACUUACAGGCAUUUCUCGACGAUGGUCCACCUCCCGUCUACAUAGGAUUCGGGAGCAUCGUCUUGGACGAUCCCAAUGCGAUGACGGAACUCAUUUUCAAGGCUGUGAGGAAGACUGGCCAGCGUGUCCUCCUUUCUAAAGGCUGGGGAGGCAUAGGCGCAGAUGAGCUUCAUAUCCCCGAUGGCGUCUUCAUGCUAUGCAACGUGCCGCAUGACUGGCUUUUUAAGCACGUCUCAUGCGUCGUGCACCAUGGUGGCGCAGGAACCACGGCGGCAGGCAUUACCGCAGGCCGGCCGACUUUAGUCGUUCCCUUCUUUGGAGAUCAGUCUUUCUGGGGCGCCAUGGUCGCGCGAGCAGGUGCAGGCCCCGAUCCGAUCCCUCACAAACAACUCACAGCAGACAAACUAGCCGAUGCUAUCAACUUCUGUCUGAAACCCGAAAGCCUGGAUCGCGCCAAAGAACUCGCAAGCAAGAUCGCGGCGGAGCGAGGCAGCGACAUGGGUGCUCAGUCGAUCCAUAAAUUUCUCAAGCCUGACCGACUCCGUUGCACCCUUGCACCAUCUCGACCCGCUGCAUGGCGUGUCAAGCGCACCAAGGUCAGGUUGAGCGCUUUUGCUGCCUGUACUUUGGCAAAUGCAAAACUUUUGGAUUUCCAAGACUUGAAGCUCUUUAGACCACAAGAACAUUACAUCGAUGAAGGCCCCUGGGAUCCAAUCUCCGGAGGUUUUACGGCAUUUCUGGGGGCAGUCAGCGGCAUGAUGAUGGGUCUAGCUGAUGUUCCCUCGGAGACAUGGAGAGCUUUGCAGAUUCCGGCUGGACGCAGCCGACAGCAGUCCCAAGCAUCAGUGCCGACUAUCGCGAACAAAAGCGAGGCCUCACAUAUAGGGGAAAGAUCAAGUCCAUCGAUUUCGCCUGGACAAAGUGAGAUGAGCUUGAUUGUGGAGGACUCUCUUGCUUAUGUUCGGAGCCCUCCCAACCUCUCUGGUCGGUCAACUCCCACUUCAAACGUCGGAUCAAGUACUAUGCCCGGUCCAUUACAAGGCCAGUUGAAUCCCAAACAGGAUGACGCCAGCCGAAGUCGAUUCCUCAGUCAGAAUGAAUCUGGCUCUGACAAAGACCCUGACGUGCUGCGCCCGACUGGCGUGCAUAUGAGCAAAGGCGCUGGACGUUUUGUAAAGGCGGUUGUGCAGGCACCUGUGGAUCUUUCAGUGAAUUUCACGAGAGGGUUUCACAAUAUCCCUAAGCUUUGGGGAGACGAUACCGUGCGCCCUCAAGAAAGGGCAAGCGAUUUAAAGUCAGGCAUCAAGGCAGUAGGAAGAGAAUUUGGCUUUGGCUGGUAUGAUGGCGUUACUGGCCUGGUCACUCAGCCCUGGAAAGGCGCCCAGAAAGAGGGUGCCAGCGGCUUUGUCAAAGGAGUCGGCAGAGGGAUUGGAGGAUUCAUAGCCAAGCCGGGCGCAGCCGUCUUUGGUAUCCUUGGUCAUACAAUGCAGGGGGUCAGCAAAGAGGUGCAGAAGUUGUUCGGCAGCAAUGUGCAGAAUUACAUCAGGGCGUCGAGGGUAGUUCAAGGGUACGAGGAGUGGCUGCAGAGCUCCGAUGCAGAAAAGAAAGACGUUAUCGUUCGGUGGAAGCUGAUUCAGAAAGACCUGAAGAAAAUGGGCAACUCUAAUGAGAUGGUGCGAGAAGCCCAGGAAGCAAAGCAAAAGAUGAAUUUGGAGGACCGAGAAAACCACCAAAACAGCAGACAUACUGUGAGGUCUGCUCGGUCCGCCAACAGUGCAGAUGCUCAGAUGCAAGAUCUUGAAAGUACCACGCUCGCCAUGGAUGGUUCACAGUCCCCUCUGCGCGCUACCAACACGGCCCCCGGGAAACCGUUGGGAGCGGCUGAAAUCACGUCACGCGGAGACGAAGAAGAGGAUGCCAAUGUGGAGCGGGCGAUUCAAAAAGACGUGUCUAAGCUUCAGCACCAACGACAAGAUCACCAGGCAGAUCAGGCAAAUUUGCACCAGGCUAUGUCGACCAGCGAAGCUGAAGCUCAGCAACACACAAGCGACAGUGAAUGGGACUCAGAUCUGGGUCUUGAUGGCGAGGACGAUGAGGAAUUCGAGCAGGAAAGAAAAGAACCCGAAAAGAUGUUGGAGGAGGCGGUACCCGUGGCUGAUGAGAUAGGAACUACAUGGCUUACUAGAGUGUUUAUUCCGAUGGCAAACCUGCGUCGAAUUGGCAGUCUCGGGGGUUUGGUGGAACAGCGCAUGCGGCUGGGAUUCAAUACCAUUAAGAAGAGCUGCUGGAAUAGCCUCAUUGAACCUGACCGGGUCAUCCAGCAGUUAGAUAUUCAGUUCCAAACUCCUACGCCCCCUGGUAGUCAAUCUAGCAACUCCCAUAAUCCGCGCCAAUUGCAUAAGCAGGUGAAUAAGGUCAAGAACCUUAUGGGUAAGGGGCUUGAGAACACCCCUCUGGACCUAGUGGAAGGAUUUGACCAAAUUAAUAAGGCCUGCGAGUACGGCAUGGUCAGCGCCACUAUUAUGAAGAAGCAAUACCAGGAUAUAUUCACCGUGAAUGAGAAAGAAAGGCAAAAACGACAAAGAUCUAACCGCCCAAUACAACGCGAAGAGGGCCUAACUAGGGAAGAAGCUGCUGAGCUCACUAUUCCAGAUGCUGAGCCUGUUGAACAGCCAGUCAUUCAACCCCCCGUCCCUGGCCAGAUAAGGGAUUGUUUGCCGCCUUCCGUAGCUUGUCGGGCGAGAGCACAUGUGAUGGAAUGGUCUAAUAAGAGAUAA